AUUCACAACCCUAAUAUCCCUUUGCCGCCUAUAAAACCCUCCCUAAACCCUCUCUUCUUCCUCACCGCUAUCAUAUCUCCAGUUUCCCAUUACUUACGCUCUUCAAAUUUUAAUAAUUAACAAUGGAGUUUUGGGGUGUUGAAGUUAAGGCUGGAGAGAAACUCAAGGUUGAACCUGAGUUGGGAAAGUUGAUUCAUAUUUCCCAAGCUGCAAUGGGUGAGGUAAAAGAUGUUAAAGGUGCCAAAAAUGUUCAUCUACGGAUGAAAAUUGAUGAUAAGGAUUUCAUCAUUGGAUCCCUUGCAGCUGAGAAUCGACCACAAGUGAUGUUUGAUCUGGUCUUUGAGAAGGAAUUUGAACUUUCCCAUGACUUGAAGAGUGGCAGCGUCUACUUUAUUGGUUACAUUGCUGAUGAUCCUGUAUCAGAGGGUGAAGAUUAUUCUGAAUUCGAUGAUGAAUCUGAUGAUGAGGAAUUGCCGAUUGAAGCCCCUGCUAAGGAAAAUGGUACUGCAAAGGCUAAAGCUUUGGAUACAAAGCCCGCUGGAAAAGCAAAGACAGAAGAGAAGAAAGAGGAGAAGGUAGAAUUGAAAGUGGAGGAAGAGAAUGCUAGUGAUGACGAUGAUGACGAAGAUGAUAGUGAUGCUGACAUGGCUCUUGAUGAUAGUGACCUCUCUGGCGAUUCUGAUGAUGAUGAAGAAGAUGAUGAAGACUCAAGCGAGGAAGAUUCGCCACCCAAGCCAAAUCAGUCCAACAAGAAGAGACCUGCACCUGUUGAGAAAGCUCCUGCUGCCAAGAAAGUUAAAGCAGCCACUCCUGAUAAGCCAGGUUUGUAUAUAAAAAAUAUUCCAAAGAACAUAUCCAACUCCACAAUUGCACUGCAAAUCUGA